AUGCAACGGGCUUGGGGGACAGUGCCUGAUCCCCUACCCCUGGGCGCCAGGGCCGCCAGGUUACGCCCCCACUGCUUCCCAGAGGGAGGACAGCAGCUGGGCCGCGGCCUGUCCCUAGGGGGAGCGGGCGCAGGGCCGCCAGUGGGCAGCGCCUCCGCCCCGCACAAACAAAGCGGCCAGGCGCGCCGGGCCGAGGCAGCGCAGCCUCUCCGAGAGCACGGGGGGCGGGGAGGAUGGCGGGGGCACUCACCUGAGGGCCGGCGGAGGGCGCGGGCGGGCCGGGCCCGGGAUCCGGGACCGCGGCGGGCCGGUGCUCCGCGCCGGGAACGCGCGGUUUACGGAAAAGGGGCGACCAGCGCGGCGUCCACGGUGGGGCCCGGGAGCCCCGCGGCGCGGGCCGGGGGCUGGGGCCCGGCUUCGAUUCUGCGGCCGCGAGGUGCGGGAACCGGUCCGCCGGGCCAGGCAGCGGUGCUAGGCGGCUGGGGCAGCGACGCCGCCGCCUUUCCCUUCUCCUGCCCCCGUCCUUUCUCCGCAGCGUCCUCGUCCUCGCUGGGUCCCCGCCGCCGCCGCCGCCUCAGCCUCGGCGCUCUUCAGGCUGCUUCUCUCCAUCAAGGCCGGGCCGACCCGCAGGGACCAUCCCGGGAAGUGAGGGGUUGUUGCCGUUUCCCGCAGCUGUUGGUGGCCAUCUUUAAUCCUCCUCCUCCUCCUCCUCCUGCUUUCUCCACCUCCCGCUGGCUGCCUGACUGACUGACUCUGGAUCCUCCUCUUUCCCCUCCUGCUCCUCCUACUGAGCCGGCCGCAGAAAUUGCAGCGGCUCUGCCUCUCCCCCCUCCUGCCUUUCCUUCCUCUUUCCUUACUUCCUUCCCUUCCCUUGGCUUCCCGCUUACCCCUCACUCUCAGCGGCUGCCUUCGCCCUCGUCUUCAGGCAGCGCCUCUGGAUGCUCCCAGCUGGACUUCAAGCCCUCAGCCCCUCUCCCCACCGCCUUCCAGACGCGCCCCUUCACCGCCCCGCGCCCUGCUCCCCUCUCCCACCCCCCACCCCUGUCCCUCUCCGCGCUGCUCACCCUCCUCAGUCCCAGUUUCUCAAAGGACUCAGCUGAGAAAGGACACCUGGUUUCUUCAGCUAUCCUUAACCCUACACCCUUUUGCUGGAUGCUGUCAAAGGCGAUGGGGAAACGCAAAGCUGCGUUAGUUUUACUCUAGCUGGAGUAUAAAAGAACUGCCCACGCCAGCUAUUUUACUACGCAGCCUCGAAACUCCUGCACGGUCACCUGUGUGGCUCUGGUCCAUGAUGGGACCGAAGUUGAGGAGCUUGGUCUCCAGAGGUGCUUUCUGUCAGUGACCUUCAAUCGGUUGCCUAAGAUUUUAGGUUUUCCCUUUUCUUCCUGGGAGGGGCAUUAUUUAUACCUUUGCAGUCCCAACAAACAGUAUUUAGACCAAAUAAUUAUCCUUUAGUAAACCUAGAACUGCUAAGUGAUCAGCAGUUUGCUCGUUUGUUCCUACUCAACCCAGUAGACAAUUUGGGUCACGCUUCACUUCUGGCAGUGAAGACAAACUGAGUCAGCAGUUAGGAGUGGACUCCCUUAAACAACAGGGUUAGAGUGGGGAAGUGGCCAUAACAUUGCUUAGGACAAACUUGUUUUUCCUAGAACUGCAAUCAACGGAAGUUUCAGGAUUUCCUCUAAUAAAGAUAAAGCAAGUUGGAUAUGCUGUUUUCUUCUUUUUGUCGAUUUUGCUUUAAGUGGGAUAAACCGUUCGUGCAGAGGCCAAGUGGAAAUGGACCGGUUUGUAAUGAUUUACUCGCCAAUUGGAUUGUAAUUAUUCCAAGGUAACAAACUUGUAGGUAACACUGCUAACAAAUGCAGAUGACAUAUGUGAGCACUGUGGGGGAGGGUCACAGUUUUACCCUUGUGGAGCACUAACUACUUAAAAUUUUUAAAAAAGCACUUUGCCCUUUCAAAAUAACACUAGUGUGUUCAAAGGUUAGUCCCUUCAACAGACCAAAUGUGGACAGAAAUGUUUUUAAAUGUAGUUUUAGAUUUUACUUCAAAAUGAGUAAUGUUUUAAAAGUUCAAAUACAAGAUUUUGUCAUUAUAAAAAUUUAAGAGUUUCAAAUCUCCUCGAAAAGAAUAUGCCAAAACAAACCUAAAAAUAUAUUUUAGUAAAAAUACUAGUAUCCUUUGUUGGGGGUGGGGAGCUGAAUUCUAAUAUUUUUCUUUAAUCUUCACAAAGUAACCUUAAUUAACCCGAUUAGGUUCAAGAUUUCAGUUGCCAUCUUUCAAUGCCAGUAAUUUUUCCAUUUGAAAUCAACAAACCUAUGUCAACAUCUACAACUCUUUUAAACCCAAAUAAAGUAUUUGAGACAGCAUUGUACAAUACAUUUUGAAACAAAUUAUUAAAAACAAAGCACCUAUA